AGCAGUAACAGUAGUAGUAGUAGUAGCAGCAGUAACAGUAGUAGUAGCAGUAGUAACAGUUGUAGUAGUAACAGUAACAGUAGUAGUAGUAUUAGUAAUUGUUGUAGUAGUAACAGUAACAGUAGUAGUAGUAGCAGUAGUAACAGUUGUAGUAGUAACAGUAACAAUAGCAGUAGUAGCGGCAGUAACAGUAGUAGUAGUAGCAGCAGUAACCGUGGUAGUAGUAGUAGUAGUAGUAGUAGUCGUAGUAGUAGUAGCAGCAGCAGUAAAAGUAGUAGUAGUAGUAGUAGCAGCAGUAACAGUAGUAGUAGUAGUAGUAGUAGUAACAUCAGUAGUAGUAGUAGUAUUAACAGUAGUAGUAGUAGUAGCAGCAGUAGUAGUAGUAGCAGCAGUAACAGUAGUAGUAGUUACAGUAGUAGUGGUAGUAGUAGUAGCAACAGUAUCAGCACUAGUAGCAGCAGUAGCAGUAACAGUAGUAGUAUUAGUAGCAGUAGUAACAGUAGUAGUAACAGUAACAGUAGUAGUAGUAGCAGCAGUAACAGUAGGUGUAGUCGUAGUAGUAUCAGUAACAGUAGCAGUAGUAGUAGUAGUAGUAGUAGUAGUAGUAGUAGUAGUAGUAGUAGCAGCAGUAACAGUAGGUGUAGUCGUAGUAGUAUCAGUAACAGUAGCAGUAGUAGUAGUAGCAGCAGUAACAGUAGUAGUAGUAGCAGUAGUAACAGUAACAGUAGCAGUAGUAGCAGCAGUAACAGUAGUAGUAGUAGUAGCAGCAGUAACAGUAUUGGUAGUAGUAGUAGUAGCAGUAACAGUAGUAGUAGCAGUAGUAACAGUUGUAGUAGUAACAGUAGUAGUAGUAGCAGUAGUAACAUUUGUAGUAGUAACAGUAGCAGUAGUAGCAGCAGUAACAGUAGUAGUAGUAGUAGCAGCAGUAACAGUAGUGGUAGUAGUAGUAGUAGUAGCAGCAGUAAAAGUAGUAGUAGUUGUAGUAGUAGUAGUAGCAGCAGUAACAGUGGUAGUAGUACAGUCGUAGCAGUUGUAGUAGUAGCAGUAGUAGCAGCAGUAACAGUAGUAGUAGUAGCAGUCGUACCAGUUGUAGUAGUAUCAGUAGUAGCAGCAGUAACAGUAGUAGUAGUAGCAGCAGUAAAGGUAGUAGUAGUAGCAGCAGUAAAAGUCCUAGUAGUAGUAGCAGCAGUAACUGUAGUAGUAGUAGUAGUAGCAGCAGUAACUAAUAGUAGCAGUAGUAACAGUUGUAGUAGUAGUAGCAGUAGUAACAGUAACAGUAGCAGUAGUAGCAGCAGUUACAGUAGUAGUAGUAGUAGCAGAAUUAACAGUAGUAGUAGUAGUAGUAGCAGCAGUAAAAGUAGUAGUAAUAGUAAUAGUAGUAGCAGUAGUAGUAGCAGCAGUAACAGUAGUAGCAGUAGUAACAAUUGUAAAUUAACAGUAGUAGUAACAGACAUUGGGUUGGAGGGCAUCGUUCCUCCCCUGGCAUCACGUAAUGACAUGAGGGCUUUUUACUAA